AUGCUCCGCCGCCCGCCGACGACCCUCACCCUCACAGCCGAAGACAUAGCCACCUACGAAGACCGGCGCUACGCCUCGCAAUCCGCCUCCGCAUCAGCCUCAGCAUCAGCAUCGCAAUCCCAACCACCAGCCUCCCACGCCCCAAUCCAACUCUUCGCGCACCCACGCCCUCAACGCCCGCUCUCGCAACACCCCCUCGCAGACACCGUCCCAGCCCAGCAGCAGCCUAUCCCAGCCACAGCCACCGCCACCGCAAUGGACACGUCCUCAAACUCGCCGUCGCUCUCGACCAGCAGCGGCGCCGACGAAGCCAUGGCGGACGCCUCGCCCGACGAGGAAGAAGAAGACGACGACGAAGACGACGACUCGGACCCCUUCGUGGCGACCUCGGCGCGCAACCCCAUCGGCGCCCGCGCCGGCUCCCCGGGCCAGGCGCGGUCCGUGUACAUGCAGCAGAUGCGGGCGAGGGGCGGCGGGUACGGCUCGCGUAGCUACGGCCCUUCCCAGACACAAACACAGACACAGACACACGGACCUGGGCAUGCGCGAUCGCAGUCGCACACGCAAUCGCAAUCGCAAUCGCACACACACGCCGCGCCGCCGCGCACACAGCACCAGCGCAUCACGGGCUCCGUCUCGGCAUCGCAGAUCCCGCAGCAAGUGGCGCAGACGCCCACCACGACGACUACCACUAGCAACCCUAGUGCCCCUGCCGCGCCUGGAAUGGGAGGUGGUAUAAGAGGCACGCGCGCCUCGUCCCGGCAGGCGAGCGAGCCGCCUCCCGCGCCGUCGCGCGUGACGCGAAGUCGGGAGGAGCGGAUCAGGAUCGCCGGACGGCCGGGGUUUGUGACCUCGACGUCGAACCACCAUGGCGGCGGCGGUGGCGGAGGACAUCACGGACCGGGCGGAUCAGGCAAUGGAGACGCAGCAGUAGCAGGCCCCUCGACGAGACGGCGGUAG